CACCGGGAAUUGGACGUUGUCGUUGUCGUUGUUGUCGUGUCCUGUCGGCAGCACUGGCAGCUAGCGUCAGUAUUAGCAGCACAAGCAGCAGCACCAGCAGCAGCACAAGCAGCAGCAGUGGCAGUACGAGAUCGCGCGACUCACAACAACGGUGUGUUCGUUUUUGAUCAGUGCGCGAAGUGCGUGUGUCUGUGUCUGUGUGUUGGUGAGUGUGUUUCGGUUGCGGCGUGUGGCGGCCCGUGACGGGUGGCCGGCCCUAGAGCAAAUGGAUCCGGUACCGGCGUGGACCCAGCCCGUUUGACCUACCACACCGGGCCAGCAGCAAACACUGCUUCUCAAACUGCUCCUCAAACUCCAAUCAACCGAGAUAGCCGAGCGUGAAACCGACCACCAUUCAACAAACACACCGUGACAAACGCUGCCACGCGGCGCGCGCGGGAUCGGAGGCUCCGGUGGCGGUGGAUCCGAACCGAACCGUGAAAGACAUGCGUGCCAGUGGGCGGUGGACGUUACAGCACGCCAGAGCCAUCGUGUGCCAUCGAUUUUCCGCCAAACAGCAACAGCACCAGUAACCAAGGGAGCACCAAGACAGACACUGUGGAGCAGUCCGCAGUCCGUUCACUUUUCGAUUCCAAAAGGGGUAAACACACCGAUCGUUUACGAUGGGAUACGAUUGCCAGUCACCAGCGGCUGUGCUCCUGUGAGAUUAGGCAGGUAAGACCGACGGACCGACGGCCCGGUAUUACGGUAUGCGACACAGCGGCAGUGAUCACCACCGGCAGCCAGCAUCACCACAGCAACAGCAACAGCAACACCAGCCACAGCUCCAGUACAAGUUGGUGCAGCUACACUUGGGAGGCAGCAUGACGUCAGGGCACGAGAACGGUGGCAGCAGACAGCGAACGGUGGCCACGACGUACCAGCGACGGCCGACGGGAUCCCACAGGCAACAACACAGGACGGCGGCAGCUACGGCGAGGCCCCGGCCCCUGAACCGUAGCUACCGAUCACGGGACGCGGUGCCCCACAGUGCUCCUCAGUCGCCUCAGCCACCUCUUCCUCUUGGUCGUGUUCGGCGCAGUAGUCGGGCGACGCAAGCGUCCAGCAGUAAUCGUAGUAGUUCGAACCGUACUUGUUUUCAUCGUUACCAAUACCUUCGACCUGUUGUAGCUAUCCUGUAUAUAGUGCUAGCGGUGCUCCUGGCCAACGUGUCAGCAUUCGAACCAGACUUUGUCUAUCCACUCGAGAACGUCACGGUGGCGAAAGGGCGCGAUGCCACCUUCACCUGCGUCGUGAACAAUCUCGGUGGUUAUCGGGUCGCCUGGAUCAAGGCGGACGCGAAGGCAAUACUGGCGAUCCACGAGCACGUCAUCACCAACAAUGGGCGGCUAUCGGUGACGCACAACGACUACAACACCUGGACGCUGCCUGCGGUGUGCUGGUUUUCAUCACGGGUUCAUCCACUGAUCCAGGUGCCGAACCAGCUCGUCGGCGCACCGCUCAACACCGACGUGACACUCAUCUGCAACGUGGAAGCCUCACCGAAAGCCAUCAACUACUGGCAGCGGGAAAACGGUGAGAUGAUCAUCUCGAACGAGCGCUACCUGAUGAACGAGAACGAAAGCUCGAUGUACGCGGUCCAGAUGACGCUCGUCAUCCGCAAGCUGCACAAGGCGGACAUGGGCGGCUACAAGUGCAUCUCGAAGAACAGCAUCGGCGACGCGGAGGGUACGAUCCGGCUGUACGAGAUGGAGCUGCAAAAGAAGUCCAAAUCGGCGCACCGGCUCAACAGCGUCGAGGAUACCUCAGGCAACGACGAGAUCAAUGCCACGCCAAACGUCGAUCAGCUCGAGGAAACGAACAAAAUCCACAAGAACGGCCGGCUGUACAAGGGGUUGCAGACCGGCGACAAUGACCUCAUUACCUCAAGCACGAACGGUGCAUUCCGGCCACCGGUCCCACUCAAACCGGCCACCUGCGCCUGCUCCUGGUGCUUCGUCGUCGUCCUGCUGUGCGCCCUGGCCACGGUACGCUUCCAGUGUCCGGGCACCGUCUCGCUGCCGGCCCGCACCCACCACGGAGCGCACCAACGUUCGCAACCGCAAUGGCCAUCCGAACCACCGGAACCACCGGCACGGUGGCCACCGGUCCCACACCAUUGUCAGCUCGGUCCCCGGGUCCUCAGCUAGGCCAAGCAGCAGCAGCAGCAGCAGCAGCAGCAGGUAGCAGCCCUCCGUCAUCCACCAUCCGUCAGCAAAACCGUACGCUCUCUGGUUACGCGGUGUUUGGUCCUUUCGAACCGA